UUUAUAAAGAACCAAGUUGAAGAAGGAGUCCCUCUCCAUAUUUGCUUAUCACAGUUUUUGAAAUGGAUUCAAAAGAUACAAAAGGAGAAGAAAAUUCUGUUCAUUUCAGAUAUUCCAAAUCAUUCUAUGUCGGAAACAAAACUCUGCACCUUUGUAACUUGGACAGACUGGGACCUGGGUGUGUGUUUGCACUAUGAGUGUAAAAGGAAGCAGCUGCGAAAACCUGACAUUUUAAAUACCUGGAUUGAUCUCAAAGCAACAUACAGAUUGUUCUAUAAUAGGAAGCCUAACGGGCUAAAAGGAGCUUUGCAGGAUUUGGGGAUAGCUUUUGUAGGACGGGAGCAUUCUGGGCUGGAUGAUUCCCGGAAUACUGCCCGCCUUGCUUGGAGGAUGAUUUGUGAUGGAUGUGUGCUGAAAGUUACUAAAUCUUUCAAUAAGGUUAGUAACUUUUUCGCAUCUUCCCUUCUACUUGCUUCAGAGCCUGGCAUGCAGUUGAAAGGCACAUCCAAAGGAGAACCUGAUUUCCAGAGCACCGAGUAUCAACUUCACUGACAAGCCUCCGCUGGGAAGUAAUAGCAGACCUGGAACAGCCAGAGGUACAACUU